UGAGGGUUUGCGAAACACUACACCUAUCGUCACAGCCAACUCUUGUCCAGUCACUACCACGAUCUUAUCAAACCAGCGGCCUGCAACCAUGAAAUUUACGAUAGCAAUUCUUUUGCUUGGUUCCCUGCUCGGGUCAGUGGCCUCCUGCAACCUUGCUUCUUGCUCCCUGACGGGUGCGCUGACGGGGACAGCCGGAUGCACGAGCUACAAGGACUAUCUCGAUUGUCUGUCCGCCCAGUCCGGCAGCUGUACCAGCGGUACAUCAGAUCUAGUUCAGAAGGGACUCAUCGACGCCGCCAUCACCAGCAACACAGCUAUAAGAGCACUUUUGGGCUGCAGUGGUGCCAGCCUUGCAAGCAUCUCCAGCAUGGCUCUCAUCCUGUCCGUAGUGGUAACGCUGAUCAAAACUCACUUUUAAUCCGAAAGGCUGUUUUAAGAACAACUAAAUGCCUUUAUUCCUCAGUGUUUUUUGGGAUUGCAUCGAGAAACAAAUGUCACUUAUCGAAUAAUUAUGUAGAUGUAUGAAUGUUCAGUGGUUAAUUUUGUGCAAAAAAUGUUACAGAAAUCAUUACACUAUUAUUAUAGUUGUAUGUUAGACAGCAUAAGAGAAUAUGUGCAUGGCAUCUUCCUUGACUUGGCGUUGGCCUGACAUGCAGUGUAUAUAUAGCACUUUUGGAAUGCUGUUGUUGUGAGAUUGCUGGAACAUUUCCUACGAGUAACAUAAAACAUAGUCGCAUGUUGACUUGUUCGAUGAUUUUGCUCUGAUUAUAAAUGAUUAUUUUAC